GAAUGGAGUACUUGUCAAGGGAAGAAGUUUGUUCACAGAGAUCUUGCAGCAAGAAAUAUAUUAGUAUCAGAUGAAGGAACAGGAAUAUGCAAGAUUGCUGACUUUGGUAUGUCAAGGGACCUACAAGAUGAAUCUUAUUAUAUUUCACAAGCAAAAAAGAUUCCAAUAAAAUGGACAGCACCAGAAGCAUUACAUUAUAAGAAAUAUUCAAGUGCUAGUGAUGUGUGGAGUUAUGGAGCUGUAAUGUAUGAGAUUUGGUCUUUAGGAUAUAAACCAUUUGAAAACUCUACUAAUCAAGAGUCCAUUAGACUGGUUGAUUCAGGCUAUAGAUUACCACCUCCUCCAGGAUGUCCUAAACCAAUGUAUAAACUAAUGAUGCAAUGCUGGUAUGUUUAACAAUAAUUGGUUAUUGCUGUUGUACCAUAUC